UGUUCGCUGGCGUACGGCACUCGGUUUGGGUUAUGGUUACUUCAGUUAAUCCACCUUGGUUUCAUAUUCAGAGGAACAUUCAUUUCCCUUUAUUUGAAAUUGAGGAAGAAGCGGUUGACAUACUGACAGCUUUGUUGGGGUUGAAACGGAUUCUUCUUCUUUUUCUUAUUAUUUUAACGCUAAAUAAACCGAAGAUGGUUUAUGUUUAAUGAAGGGACCAUGGAGAACCAAUCAGUGACUCAGACCUUUGUGACGGUGACAAGUGGUAACAGGAACUGCACCUUUCCGUACAGUGAGGACCGAGUGCCUCUGGUGACACUCUACAGCAUCGUCCUACUUGUCGGUGUGCCUGCCAAUCUGGCCACUGUCUACCUCACGCUGCUCCAGGUGCGCCAGCGCAACAUUCUUGGCGUCUACUUGCUGAGCCUGUCUGUGUGCGACCUCACUUACCUGCUGACACUGCCCCUCUGGGCCUUGUAUGUGGACAGGGGCCACAACUGGUCCUGGGGCCGGCUGACCUGCCAGGUAACGGGCUACGUCUUCUUCACCAACAUGUACAUCAGCAUCUUCCUGCUAUGCUGUAUCUCUGUCGACCGCUACGUGGCCGUGGUCUACGCCUUGGAGUCGCGCGGUCAAAGGCGCCAGAGGUGGGCGGUGCUGGUGACAGCAACCGGCUGCCUGGUCAUAGGCCUGGCCCACCUGCCCGUCUUCACCAUGGCCACGCACACAGGCACCAGCACGGACAAGAGAGAUUGCUUCGAGCCGAACCAGCGCACACCCCUCAUCACGGCCUUCAACUAUACCCGCUUUACUGCUGGCUUCCUGGCGCCGCUCAUUGUGCUUGUCUUCACCAACAGAGCAGUGCUGGCGAGCAUACGGGCAAGUGCAACUCUGCAGCCCAGUCAGAAGAAGCGAGUGUGCCUCCUAGUUGUCGCCGUGGUGCUGCUCUUCCUGGUGUGCUUCGGUCCCUAUCACAUCAUUCUGCUGGGGCGUGCCAUCACCUACCACCUCCAGUGGUGUUUUGAGGAGUGCCACUUUGAGCAGCAUGUCUACACACCUUAUGUUAUUUCACUGGGCCUGUCCACAAUGAACAGUGCUGCCAACCCCAUCCUGUACGUGCUCUCCAGUGACAACAUCCAGAAGGAGAUCAGGAGCAUCCUGACAAGGCUAUGGGGCCAGACGCCACUUUCCAGCCACUCAAAGGGCAGCAGCGAUCAUAAGAUGCACAGCUCUGAGAACAACAUCUCACAAAUGUCCCCCACACGGGACCAGGACAAGACACACACACAGACUGCAUCUUUUUAAACAUGAGACAUGUAGGUUUUUGGAGCUUACAGGGAAGUUUACUAAAAUUGAAAAUAUCAAAGAGGCUGAAAGCACUGUGUCGAAGCAUAUAUUAAGUCAAAACCUCUGGCAGGUAACAAUAAGAAGUCUAUUAUUUGUUUCUUAGAGUGUCAAACUGUUUGAAAACAAUGCCAUAUUUGUCUGUCAUUGAUUGCUUGGUGUCUGUAUCUGUGAUUAAUAGCCUUUACUGAGUUUCUCAUAGUGCAUAUAAAGGUUUAGUAGGACUGCCCAGUAUAACUGUUAGUAGUAUUGCAAAAGCCAAUAUAUAGACAAGCCCUUUAACAAAUCAUUCAAUUUUUAUUGAACUCUGAGCAAUCUGACCAAUCUUUGAAGUAACAGGUGACUGCUCUGUCAUGGCACUUACAGAAUUCAACAAACAAAUUUGCUCAAAAUAUUGUCAGCCACUCUGUAAUAUCCAGGUUUAACCAGUGUUUGAAUGUAUUGCAAGGCAUAAUAUGUGAUGUUACAACAACAAUAUAAGAUUUGUGUGCAUGAUAUAUUGUUUACCAGACUAUAGUGCUGCUGUUUGCAAAGCUCGUAUUUCAAUCAUGGAAAGUAUGUAAAGCAACAUGCUAUGAUUGUAGAUACAGAAGGCUUGCAUGGUUAUGGUUACACCAGUGUACUUAAGUGGCUUAAAACUGUACUCAUGAUACAGUCAAGAUUCUUGCAUGUAACUACCUCCCACCUUGGUCUAGACUACUGAACAGAAAAACCUAUUGUUAAGGCUGCAAAAUAUGUGGGCCAAAAAUAAAAAUAGAGUACCUCUAUUCUGAAAAUCUUCUCAAGCAGACCAUGAGAAGAGAAGAUCGGGAAAAUGAACAGCUGAAUUUGGUGAGCUCAGUCAAACAACACUGCAGGAGUUCCAGGCCAUAUCUAGAUGGACAGACGUCUGAAUGUCUUACAGCUGUAAGAGCUUAAAGUGAAUUACUUGUACAAAU